AUGGUAAUUUGGCGAUUCCAGGUGUCGGCCAGUCAGUCAGACAGAUCGGACAGACUGACAUACCGACAGAUAUACAGACAAACAGAAAGAUGGUCGGUCAGCCAGCCGAUCAGCCAGUCAGCCAGCGACCAGCCAGUCAGCAAGCCAGUCAGCCAGAUAGCCAGCAAGCCAGCCAGCAAGCCAGUCGGCAAGCCAGCCAGCAAGCUAGCAAGCCAGCAAGCCAGCAAGCCAGAUAGCCAGCUAGCCAGCGAGACAGCCAGCCAGAGCCAGCGAGCCAGCCGAUCAGCCAGCCAGCGAGACAGCCAGCCAGCCAGUCAGCCUGACAGCCAGCGAGCGAGCGAGCCAGCGAGCCAGCCAACCAGCCAGUCAGCCAGCAAACCAGCCAACCAGCCAGCUAGAGAAAACAAGUCUACAUACCUUACCGCCAUGUUUUUGGAUAUGUAA